UUCCAGGAAUUUAGUUAGAUAUUAAAGAGACAUAACCAUCCACAAUGCCAAAAAAACACAAGCGACGUGAUAAAAGUGAUUUGGGUCCCGAUUUUGUGGCGCCCGAUGGCGGCUGGGGUUGGGUCGUCUGCAUAGCUGCUGGUCUAAGUAAUCUGGCCAUGUAUCCACCACUACAACAAUACGGCAUGAUUUAUCGACAACGGAUGUUUAACUUGGGAUUCUCUGCCAAAGAGACCACUACCAUCGCGAACAUCAUGUUGAGUUUAGCAUCCUUAGUUGGCAUUGUAAAUGGUGCCAUGUUUCGACGAUUUACAUUCCGGCAGGUUGCCAUUGUCGGCAGCAUUUUGAUAUUUAGUGGUAUUUUAUUAUCAGCUGCUUGUACCACAUUUUGGCAAUAUGUGCUUUGCGUAUCGGUCAUAUAUGGCAUCGGUCAGGGUCUCAACGUGGCCGCUUUAUCGUUGGCCGUGAAUACGUACUUCAAAAACCGGCGACGUCGUGCAUUCGGCUUUAUGUGGACCAUUACCGGCUUAGGACCCAUUAUAUUUCCACACUUCACCUCACUAAUACUAAUCUACUAUGGGAGUCCGGGUACCAUUCUAAUUUAUGCUGGAAUUUCUCUAAAUGUGUUUCUCUGUGCUUUGACACUGCAACCAGUAUUAUGGCAUACUUCCAAAGCGCCGGUCGAACGUGAGUUGAAGUUACAAGAGCCUGUCUUAGCUAAUAUUGAGGAUACUACGAUACCCUCAGCCACAACGCAGCUUCAAGUCAAGUCGGAAUACAAGAAAUCUACAACACAGCUGGAACUAGAGCCCGAAUGCAAGUAUUGUCAAUACAUGAAACGUACUAGCCCCAGUGUGGUCGCAACACAAUUCGAUUUUGACGACCAUGACUUGGCUAAAUCGAGCCGUGAGCUUGGUGAACCCGAGAAGCCAUUGAUCUCACGUGCAAACGAUGAGCGCGAAAGAGUGCACUUGCCAGAUACUAAGCUUGAGAAACAGUCAACUCAAAAAGCACCAAUUGCUAAGGCGGAAGAGGAUAAUGAUGAAGACAUUAAAGAUCAGGAAGCGAAAGAAAAUAGCAGUGCUGAAGUAAAUCAUUCCCUAAAAGAGAACUUUCCAACAGAAUUCCGCUGCACCUGCGCUGAAGAGAGAGCAUUAUUAGGAGACCACAACAGCGCUGAACUGAAAAGUCCACCAAUAAUAUUAGCUGCAAACCAAGAGAAGAUCAAGCUUUUAAACCCGAAAUUAGACACUCACACGGAACACAAAUUGACUUUCAAACAGAAGUUGGUGAAAUUCUUUGACUUGGAUCUGUUGAAAGAUUUCACUUUUGUCAAUCUAGUUAUGGGCAUGACAGUGAUGAUGUUUGCCGAGAUAAACUUCUCUAUUUUGAUACCCUUCAUUUUAGAUCAAUACGGUUAUAGUAAUGAACAAAUCUCCACCGCUAUGUCCAUGCAGGGUGGCAUGGAUAUCUGUGUGCGCUUCCUGGCACCAAUUGUGCUGGAAAGAGCUAAAAAUCUAAGUAAUCAAGUAUUAUUUGCGUUUGGCAUUAUUGCCAUCUCUCUUGGACGCCUAUUGAUUACGUUAACCGACUCCUAUCGUAUUACAUUGGCACUCUUUGUGCUCAUUGGCUUCGGUAGAGGUUUCCGUACGAUAUUUUCAUCUCUUAUUAUACCCUCAUAUGUGCCUUUGAAUCGUUUGCCAGCAGCAUCUGGUCUACAGCUGGUCUGUAAUACUUUAUUUACACUUGCUGUUGGGCCAAUUUUAGGUGUCAUCACCGAUGCCAGCAGUUACACAAUGACAAUUCAUUUCCUUAAUUUACUAACCUCGCUUGCGUUGCUCUUCUGGCUAUUGGAGUAUCUGGUGCGUCGCAUGUUAGGGAAAAAGGCGAAAACUCAAACAGAAAGCUAUGAGCCGGCUCAUGAUUCACGUCUAAACAUGGACUCAUGGACUCAUUUCCUUCUUGUUGUGAUGGAAAAGGCAACGGCAUGCGACAACAGCGGUCAAGUCUAUCGCGCGACAACAUUACCCACCAGCAACAACAACGAUGGCUUAGAUAAUAGCAAGAAGCCGGCAGCAGCAACGUCACAGCCACAGGCGAAGCCAAAGAAAGUGCGUCGCGACAAAAGUGAUUUGGGCGAGAAUUUCAAAGCGCCAGAUGGCGGCUGGGCGUGGUUGGUGUGCAUCGCUGCCGGUUGUUCGAACCUGUCUAUCUAUCCAUGUCUGCAGCAGUUCGGUUUUAUAUUCCGCGAACGUUUAGGCGUUCUAGGUCUAAGCAGUUCACAAAUAACAACAAUUAUUAAUACGAAUCCGGCUGUGUCGGCGUGUACAGGACUCUUAAAUGGACCAAUGUUUCGACGCUUCACCUUUCGCCAGGUUGCCUUAGCAGGUUCAUUUUUCAUCUUCGCGGGUCUAAUGUUAACAGCCUUUUGCGAAUCCUUUAUCGGCUACAUGAUAACUUAUGCGCUGCUCUUUGGCUUUGGUGUCGGCAUUAGCGUGUCCGCCUCGUCACUUGCCAUAAACACUUACUUCAAGAAUAAAAGACGUCGCGCAGCAGGCUUUUCGUGGACACUCACUGGCCUAGGGCCGAUUUUCUUGCCACACGUAGUCACACUAUUUGUCGCGUAUUAUGGCGUGCAAGGCACCGUCAUCAUAUUCGCCGCACUCUCUUUGCAUUCUAUGGUUUGUGCACUUAUCUAUCAGCCGGUGCGCCAUCAUGCACCGCCACCCGAUGCGCCCGAAGCGGCCGGAGAUUCGGGCAUCGCGGCCGGCGAAGCGGAAUAUCUCUGUGAAUACUGUCAGAUACAAUGCAAACGCAACGGUAUCUUCUCCAGCCAAUACCUGUAUCAGGACGAUGACGAAGCUAUGCCUGGGUAUGAAAUAAUCGAGCCGGGCACGCCGAUGUUGUCACGCGCCAAUGACGGUUGGUUCGGUUCGAAGUUGUCGUUGGCCUCAAUGCAUAGAGCGGGUACACCACGCUUUCGUACCGUCUCCAGUUCGAAAGAUAUCGAGGGCAUAACACGACUCAAUCGUGUGAUAUCUGAGGAAGAACUGAAGACGGCCGAGGUUUACAAACCGAACAACUUCAAACGUGAACGCGACGAAGUGCUUAUGAAGCAAUCGGCGAGCAAUGGCAACUUUCGUGCGCCACCACAUCAUGGUGGCUUACAUGGUACGACGGCUCCAUUAUAUUGUACUUGUGCCGAGGAGCGUAUGCUGCUCGAAAAGGCGCAGCUUCGUUCAAGUCUUACCAACAAAAGGCUGGAAACAACGGCGGAGGAAGACGAAGAUGCCGCAAUGUCUGUGAAGAGUUUUACCUUCUUACAGAAAGUGGUGGCUUUCUUUGAUUUGGAUUUGUUGCGUGAUUUCACGUUCGUCAAUUUGGUCGCGGGUUUAACGAUUAUCAAUUUUGGUGAAUUGAAUUUUUCCAUACUAACACCAUUUAUACUAAAUGAUUUCGGAUUUACCACCUCGCAAAUCACGUCGGCCAUGUCUGUGCUUGGUGGUUUGGAUAUUAUUGUGCGAUUCAUCGUGCCUUUCGUCACAGAGAAAAUACCGUGGGAUAAUCGUGUCUUCUUCCUAAUAGGCGUCGUUGGCAUUGCACUAGGUCGCACUGUCGUCGCCUGCACUCGCUCCUACACGGUCAUACUUUGCACCUUCGUUUGGAUUGGAAUGUGCAAAGGUGUGCGCACUAUUUUCUGGCCACUGAUCAUACCCGGUUGUGUUCCACUGAAACGUUUGCCAGCUGCUUCCGGCUUGCAAUUGCUCAUUUCCGGUCUGUUUACGUUUGCCUGUGGACCUUUUGUGGGCCUUAUACGCGAUCGCUUCAACUAUUCGAUCACCCUGCAUUUCCUCAACAUGAUGUCAUUUAUUGCUGCCAUCUCAUGGUCGCUUGAGGCGCUGGUGCGCCGUUAUCGCCGUCGUUGUCGCGAUCGCAAACGAACUUGCGUCACAUGACUAUAUGCCGUUAACGUGAUGUAAGUUUGCUUAAGUCUACGCUAGAUGCCGCUCCUGUAUCGCAGACGCAAACCAGAUACUUUUCCAACACAAAAGAGCUGUCAUCAUGCUUGUACAUACAUAUGUAUAUAUGGACAUACAUAAAUUGGAAAUGUGGGAGAGAACUACUAUAUAUAUAAUUAAUUUAUAAGUCUAUUAAUUUUCAUAUAUUUCCUAUAAUAUGUAAUAUAACAAUUAACAUAUGUACAUAGAUAUAUUCGUAUGUAAAUACCAUAUAUAUAUAUCAACUUAUCUUCAUAUCAGCAUAAUUAAGCCAUAAGAACUACAUUUAAGGUAGAAAACCUCUAGUUGUCAACAAAACUUAAUUUUACUUAUAAAUUAUCCAAAGAAAUAUUUCGUCAACGGUUGCCAAGAUAUUUGAUCAAAGCCUUUGUUAAUCUGAUCAAAAACCACCGAAUCGCUAACAAAACUUAAUUUUUAGCCAUUUCAAAACCAUUGAUGCAGAAAUGUUACAAUGGCUAUAAAAUUCAAAAAUUUUAUCAAAAUAAAAAAUAAUAAUAUUUCUCCAGCGGAUCCAAUAUCAAAUCAUCAAAUAUCGACAUUAUAUGAUUUUAGAAUAUAAUUCAAUUUGUAUGUGUAAAACUUAAUUGUGUUACAUCAAUUUACAGAAUGUGAAAACUAUUUUAAUAAAUCAAUACACAUGAAACUACUGAACUUAAAAAUAAAACAAAACGAAACAA